AUUGGUGUUUCAUUACUCAACAGAGGAGUGGAGGCCAAACAGCCGAACUCUGCCAUUCGUAAGUGCGUCAGGGUGCAACUCAUUAAGAACGGAAAGAAGAUAACAGCCUUCGUGCCGAGGGACGGUUGUCUCAACAACAUCGAGGAAAACGACGAGGUUCUAGUGGCAGGUUUCGGUCGUAAAGGCCACGCCGUCGGUGAUAUUCCUGGAGUGCGAUUCAAGGUGGUGAAGGUCGCGAACGUUUCCCUACUUGCUCUUUACAAGGAGAAGAAGGAGCGACCUAGAUCUUAAAAUUAUCGGCAAUCAGAAAUGUAUUUGACAAAUAUAAACACAUAAGUUAAAAACUUA